AUGCCGUCGCAAAUCAAACUAUACACAGCCGGGACCCCAAACGGGCAGAAGGUGAACAUCUGCCUGGAAGAGCUUGGCCUUGACUACCAAGUGCACAAGAUCGACAUCGCCAAGAACGUUCAGAAGGAGCCAUGGUUCCUUGAGAUCAAUCCCAACGGCCGCAUCCCAGCUAUUGUGGACGAAGGUGUCAGCCCACCGAAGCGAGUGUUCGAGGGUGGCGCUAUCCUGCUGUACUUGACUGCUCGCUACGACAAGGAUCACAAGUUGUCCUUCCCCUAUGACUCGUCUGAGUACUGGGAGGUUGUCGAGUGGGUGGUGUGGAUGCAGUCGGGCAUAGGUCCCAUGCAGGGCCAGGCAAACCACUUCCACCGCUACGCCCCCGAAAGGAUAGAUUAUGCUGUCAACCGCUACCAGACGGAGACCAAGCGGCUGUACCAGGUCCUUGAGGACCGUCUGGCGGCUCAGGAGGAGAAGGGUCAGGGACUGUGGCUUGUGGGUGGGAAGUACACGAUUGCAGACCUGGCCUGCUUCUCCUGGGUUGAGUGGCACCAGUGGGCGGGGGUGUCGCUGGACACAUUUUCUCGCAUCCAGAAGUGGAAAGAAGCGAUAGAGGCUAGGCCGGGUACCGAAAAGGGCCUCAACGUGCCCGAGAAGUUUGAGCUGCGUGAGGCUAUGAAGACGAAGGAGGGCGAGGACGAGUAUGCGAAGCAUCACAGCAAUUGGGUCAUGCAGGGGCAGAAGGCGGAGCAGGAGAAACACAAGUGA